CUUCACCCGGCGUGCGUGAGCGUGACUCGGCAGUCGCCAGCCGUCUUCCGAACGCGACGUGUACUGUACGCGCUCGUACCGGGGCGGCCGGGGGCCUGCUGCUCGACCUCGAUCGUAGGCGUAGCUCUGCUCCAUCAUUCCCCAAUGGUCCCCUUGUUUAUCAUGCAAUCGAGGGCCACAACGGAUCCAGCCAUCCAUGGAAUCCGCACGGACUUAUGUGCGGACCUGUAGUCAUCGAAGCUACCUACCGGGGGCGUGCAUGGGCGUAUGAUGUGGUCUGCUCAAUGCUCACGCCAUCGCAGUGGCACAGAAGAUCAACAUUCCUUCCUUGCCCAUCCAACACAGCCAGCCAGCGUGACAAGAAAAGCGUCGCCCUAGGUAACCCAUGCUGCAUCGUUCCACUGCCCCGGCCACUGCUUCCAUACUAUAGUCUCUCUCGUGCAGGUGCAGCGAGCUCCCCUCUCCCCUUCGUUCCAAGAAAUGGCCGCGGCGGAAGCAGCAGCCUCCUCCGCGCCAGCUCCCGAGCGUCGUCUCCUGGAGGUGGAGGAGGACGAGGUGGUGAUCGACUUCAAGCCCAACGCCAAGUGCCGCGCCGACCUCCGCCUCCGCUCGCUGCACCCGUCCCUCCCCGUCGCCUUCAAGGUGCAGACCUCCUCCCCGCUCAAGUUCCUCGUCAGCCCGCCGCGCGGCGCCGUGCCGCCGCUCUCCACGGCGUCGCUCCGCGUCGUGCUCCGCCCUCAGGCGCACCCGCCGCCGUCCUUCCCGCGCUCCCGCGCCGACCGCUUCCUCGUCCUCUCCUCGCUCUCCGCCGCGCGCCUCGACUCCGCCGUGGGCAGCGACGACGACGACGUCAGCGCCGUCCGCCUCCGCGUCUUCUUCGGCGGGCCGUACCUGCUCCGCCUCGCCGCCGACGCCGGGGACGCCGCGGCCGUGCGCCUCAUCCUGCGCAGGCAGCCGCACCUGCUGCCGUUCCUGGACCACCUGCAGGCCGCCGACGCCGCCGAGCAGUGGGCGCCGCUGCAUGCGGCGGCCGCCAGGGGGGACUGCGGGGAGGUGAGGCGGCUGGGGCCUGACGCGCUGGCCGCGCGUGACCGCGAAGGGAGGACGGUCCUGCACGCGGCGGCCGCGGCCGGCGAGGCCGAGGCGGUGGCCGUGCUGGUGGACAUGGGCGCCGACACGUCGGCGGUCGACGCGCGCGGGAGGACUCCGCUGGACGUCGCGCGCGAGAAGGGAUACCAAGAAGUGGUGGACGUCCUGGAACGGUGGGAGCUGGUGAUGACGGCGGCGAGGCGAGGCGACCUCGGGAGCCUCGAGUCCCUGCUCAGCAAGCGCGCGGCCGUCUGCGGGCGCGACCAGUACGGCCUCACGGCGCUCCACCUGGCGGCGAUCAAGGGCCACUGCGACGCGAUCGCGCUGCUCGCCGGGUCGGGCUGCAUGGACGUCGAGUGCGAGGACGUGGAAGGGCACAGGCCGCUGCACCUCGCCGUCGAGGGCGGCCACGCCGAGGCCGUCGAGGUGCUGCUCGACAUGGGCGCCGACGUCAACGCCAGGACAAGGCGCGGCGCCACGCCGCUCCAGAUGGCGGAGGCCAUGGGGUACGAGGCCGUCGCUCAGCUUCUGUGCGCUAGAGGCGCUGAGGUGGCUGCCGCACCGGCGUUGUGCGUCGCAUCGUCGUCUUCGUCGUCCAUAUCGUGCGCCUGAUUUGGUUUGCCGGUUUCAGAAGAGUUGGGAGUGUUGGACGGACACGAAACUGCACUGUACUGUAUAGUCUAAAAAUAGUUCUGCUUUCUUGGGAGAGAACAGCUCCUUAUUUAAGGGGACGGUCGAUUGGCUGCCUUUGCGUGCUAUACGCAGUGUGCUGGUGGGGAAAAAAAGCAUGCAAUUGCAGCGCUUUACAUGUUGAUGUUAUUGUUUA